AUCUACAAGCCCCAGUUUACUAACCACUGACAACACCCUAGAGCGCUCUUUUUUCAUCCGAAUGAAAUCUACACUGACCAAGCGAGGAGUGCACAUCAAAUCGUCAGGAUACAAGGUGAUUCAUAUAACAGGCCGGUUACGUCUGAGAGUGUCACUGUCUCACGGACGGACAGUGCCCAGCCAAAUCAUGGGACUUGUUGUCGUUGCUCAUGCUUUGCCACCUCCUACAAUUAAUGAAGUCAGGAUUGACUGCCACAUGUUUGUCACUCGCGUGAAUAUGGACCUCAAUAUCAUUUACUGUGAAAAUAGGAUUAGUGAUUACAUGGAUCUGACCCCUGUAGAUAUCGUAGGAAAGAGAUGUUACCACUUCAUUCAUGCUGAAGAUGUGGAAGGCAUCAGACAUAGUCACUUAGACUUGCUGAAUAAGGGUCAAUGUGUAACAAAGUAUUACCGCUGGAUGCAGAAGAAUGGAGGUUAUAUUUGGAUACAGUCUAGUGCAACCAUAGCUGUCAAUGCCAAGAAUGCAAGUGAGAAGAAUAUCAUCUGGGUCAAUUACCUUCUUAGUAACCCAGAGUACAAGGACACUCCAAUGGAUAUUGCACAACUUCCUCAUCUGCCAGAGAAAACCUCAGAAUCCUCAGAAACCUCUGACUCUGAAUCGGACUCAAAGGACAACUCAGAGGACAAUGAGAACUCAAAGUCAGAUGAGAAAGGAAACCAGUCGGAAAACAGUGAAGACCCUGAAUCUGACAGGAAAAAGCCAGGAAAUCAGUCGGAUAACGAAAUGAACUGUAAUGAUGAUGGGAACAGCUCCAGCAACCAGGACAGCAGGGACAGUGAUGACAGCUUUGAAAACUCUGACUUCGAGAAUCAGAAGGCCCCUGAGGACAGUUUUGGCACUCUUGGCUCUAUGCAGAUCAAGGUGGAGCGCUACGUUGAGAGUGAGUCAGACUUGCGGUUGCAGAACUGUGAAUCACUGACCUCGGACAGUGCCAAGGACUCAGAUAGUGCAGGGGAAGUAAAUGCCCAGUCUUCCAGCAAACAUCAAAAGAGGAAGAAGAGGAGAAAAAAGCAAAAGGGAGGCAGCAUGAUCCGGAGGAGGCUGUCAAGCACCUCAAGUCCAAAUGGACUUGACUCAGCUUUGGUGGACCAGCCCCAGCUGCUCUCGUCACCAAACAGUGCCUCAGUGCUCAAAAUUAAAACAGAAAUCUCAGAACCUAUCAAUUUUGAUAAUGAUAGCAGUAUUUGGAAUUACCCACCCAACAGGGAAAUCUCAAGGAAUGAAUCACCCUACAGUAUGACCAAGCCCCCCAGCUCCGAGCACUUCCCUUCCCCCCAAGCCAGCAGUAGUUUACAUGUCUCCAUUCCAGACUCCGUUCUCACCCCACCGGGGACUGAAAAUACUGCCAGCCGUAAAACUCAGUUCAGCACCUCAUCCAACUCAGCCUUGGCUCCUGUGUCCUCUGACCCUUUGUCACCCCCGCUUUCGGCGUCUCCACGGGACAAACAUCCAGGAGGUCCCACAACUUCCAACUCUUUGUUGUACACUGGGGACCUGGAAGCCCUUCAGAGGUUACAAGCAGGCAAUGUGGUGCUUCCUUUGGUUCACAGGGUAACGGGAACCCUUGCUGCGACCAGCACUGCUGCUCAGAGGGUCUACACCACUGGCACUAUUCGGUAUGCUCCAGCUGAAGUUACUCUAGCCAUGCAGGGCAACCUCCUCCCCAACACCCACGCUGUUAACUUUGUUGACGUUAACAGCCCCAGCUUUGGGCUGGAUCCUAAAACACCGAUGGAAAUGCUCUACCACCACGUUCACCGACUCAAUAUGUCGGGACCGUUUGGAAGCGCUGUGAGCGGGGCCAGUCUGACCCAAAUGCCUGCAGGGAAUGUGUUCACAACUGCCGAAGGACUUUUUUCCACUCUUCCAUUUCCUGUGUACAGCAAUGGCAUUCACACUACACAGACUCUGGAACGGAAAGAGGAUUGAAAUAUGACCACAUACUGUGUUCAGUGUUAUACUCUGAGGCAUAGACUAUGUUUUAAUUUAGACCUUUAAUUCUAGCACUUUGAAUUUGAGCAGGUCAGCUUAUUCUCUCAAUACGAUGGUCCCCAUUUCAUUCCCUUUCUCUUUAACUUGACUUAUUCUUUAAUGUAAAGAUAUUUUUUUAUUUUUGCCUUCAGAGAGUCGAAGUACCAGUUGCCUGCCAUUUUGUCUUCUUCUAAGAUGUGUGUUUUUUCCUUUGCAUCUUUAUUAAGAUGCCUUUAAUAUGUGUAUGCCUCUGCCAUAGAAUACUCAGUGUUGUGGUAAAGAGAUUUUAAAGUGACAAGCAUUGGUUUUACUUCAAAAUGAUCUUGAUAUGAUCAAGAUUAAAAGAGACAAGCAUAAACAAUGUGCCCUGUUUGACUAAGUCAAAUGAAAAGGGGUUUUUGUUCCUAAUUCCUUUAAAAUAGGGGAUAGUAUUUUAGAAUUUUAUGCAGAGUUUAAUUCUCUUUUUAUGGUUAAGAUUUUUCUUACUUGCACAUAAAAUAAUUUGGGUUCUUAAAAAGUUAAUUUCUGGCCUGUGACUAGAAUGUUAAAAAGUUGGACUAAAUGUUAAUUACUGAAACUUUAACUUAAUUUCUAAAACCAUGGUGCUAUCAUUUAUUAAUCUGUAAUGUCUUCAUACAAUAUGCAGCUUGUGGGCUGGGUUUUUUGGAAAGAAUGUGUUCCGUACUGGUUUAUAGUCAGGUGCUGCAGUCUCCUUGGUUAGUUAAGACAAAAGCCCUCAUUAACAUUUGCUGCAGGACUUAAAUUUUUUACCUCCAAACUAACAAGCAUAGCCUCACAUCAAAUUUAAAUGGGUCAGGAAGCCUUUUUCAAAAAGAGCUUAAAAACAAAAAACUCAAUUUAAUUGACGCGAGGAGCAGUUUCUUAGGUGCAUAUUGUUUUGCUUUAUUUUUUUCUCAGUGUAACUGAGGCUAAUUUUACAACAUCAAAUAACACUUCAGAGUAA